UUCCCGUAUCCGCGCGCGCCCUAGAAGAGAACUGGGCGAAAAUUUCAACGAAAGCUAUUUCAGAGAGUGGUCCACCCGCGACCUGAGUGCGCUUUGUAGAGCAAGUAGUCUUCAAGUGGUCUGACGUGCACGGAGAGAAAGGGGGGGGGGAUACUUUGUUUUGCACAGGUGCACUGAAGUUCUGGUUGAUCCAGGACCGCUUUAGGUUUUUGAGUUCUAGCAGGGAGCAGCAGCACACUACGACGUGCCACACAGGGAGGAGAGGAGAGAGAGAGAGCGAGAGAGAGAGAGAGAGGGGCAGAAGUUUCCGCUGGCUUGUUUUGUCGCUGCGCGGCUGGUAAAUCCGCAGGAAUGUCGCAGAAGGAGAGACCCACUUUCUACCGACAGGAGCUCAACAAAACCAUGUGGGAGGUCCCGGAGCGGUACCAGCACUUAUCUCCAGUUGGCUCUGGUGCUUAUGGAUCCGUAUGUUCAUCGUUUGAUGUGAGGACAAGCCUGAAGAUAGCCGUGAAGAAGUUGUCCAGACCCUUCCAGUCCAUCAUCCACGCAAAGAGAACCUACAGAGAGCUGCGGCUGCUCAAACACAUGAAGCACGAGAAUGUGAUUGGUCUAUUAGACGUUUUCACACCAGCAUUAAGCCUAGAGGAGUUCAAUGAUGUCUACCUGGUGACACACCUAAUGGGUGCAGACCUCAACAACAUCGUCAAGUGUCAGAAGCUGACUGAUGAUCACGUCCAGUUUCUCAUCUACCAAAUCCUCAGAGGCCUAAAGUACAUCCAUUCAGCAGAUAUCAUCCACAGAGACUUAAAGCCCAGCAAUCUGGCUGUGAAUGAAGACUGCGAGCUCAAGAUCCUGGACUUUGGUUUGGCGCGGCAUACAGAUGAUGAAAUGACCGGCUACGUGGCCACCCGGUGGUACAGAGCUCCAGAAAUUAUGCUCAACUGGAUGCACUACAACAUGACAGUGGAUAUCUGGUCGGUGGGCUGCAUCAUGGCUGAACUACUCACCGGACGGACGCUCUUCCCUGGCACAGACCAUAUAAACCAGCUGCAGCAGAUAAUGCGCCUGACCGGGACGCCCCCAGCCUCUCUCAUAAGCAGGAUGCCCAGCCAUGAGGCGAGGAACUACAUUAAAUCACUUCCCUGCAUGCCCAAGAGGAACUUUGCUGAUGUGUUUAUUGGUGCCAACCCCCUCGCUGUGGACUUGCUGGAAAAAAUGCUUGUGCUGGACACAGACAAGCGGAUCACAGCAUCUGAGGCUCUGGCCCACCCGUACUUUGCCCAGUACCACGAUCCAGACGACGAGCCUGAAGCCGAGCCAUAUGACCAGAGCUUUGAAAGCCGCGAGCUGGAAAUUGAGGAGUGGAAGAGAUUAACCUACGAGGAGGUCCUCAGCUUUGAGCCACCGUCGUUCGACAGUGACGAGAUGGAAUCAUGAGGAGCUCUCUUUUUUUUUUUCUUCUUCCAUCUCUUGUUUUCCAAGAAACACUCUUUAAGGACUAUCAGUCUCAUGCGACUAUCCAUCACUUUCCUUACACACACACACGCACAACCACGACAUUCAAGUGCCUGCCGCCAUUCAUCUCCAGGGGACGCUUAGAUAUCAGGGAUACAACUUCCUGAUCCUCUCUUCCCCCUACACUUAGCUUUUUUUGUUACUCUACAUCCCAACACGCUAAGGCAGACUCAUAGCCCACCUAUAUUUUUAGCAAGUUUUUAUCUCCAACAUUUAUUGUUAAUAUAAAUCCCCUUUUUGAUUAAAAAAAAACAACAAAAAGCGUCAUGUCAGUAUCUUUAGAGAAAAUUUGAGAAGCAAAACUAGUAGUGUGUAUUUUCUGAAAGUAUGCCUCUUAAAUCUGGGGUUGGUAAUCAGAUUUAGAUACACUGUUUGUCAUACUGGUUAAAAUGAUCUUUAUGUCCUGAUGGCAAUCAUUACAUGAUGUGUUCCUAAAAAAGAGUGAAAAAAACUGCUAUCUACAGCCGGAGUAAACCUGAGAAAACACCAACCAAUCAACGUUUUUUGGCUCCCCAAAUUUUAAACCAAUCAAAUCCUGUUCAGCCGUUCUCCCCUCCUCCUGCGCGUACAUUUCCCCGGCAUGCGCUCCUCCGAGUCCCCGUCUCCUGCCUCUACUUCCCCUGACUCUAUUUACUGCCCCUCUCGCUCGUCCUCGGUCCUGUCCCCUCUGACCUGAUGAGGUGCUUUGCUCAGGACUGUAGUCCGGAUCAGAGUCUAAAAAGCUCUCACCAACAAGCAGAAUAAUUAAUGACGUUCAGUAAGUCCUACAGAAAAUAUAUAUUUAUUGUAGCGUCCGUCCGGACGCUGUAGUGAUGAAGAGCCGAUUGGUGAACAUGUUGAUCUUUAAUAACCGGUCACUGUCGGCCGUGAUCACGACAACCAACAAAGCAACAAUCAAUGUUUGAAUGAAUGAAGAACUUCUCCUCUUGUCUCUCCUCUCUCCAGCUCACACACUCUACACCUCUCCUGAUGCCUUCACUGACUGUCAACACUGUAGGAAUUAAGAACAUCUACACUGAACACGUUUAACAAACAGUAGAGCUGUUACAGUGUUACAUGUAUUAUAACUUUUCUCCUGAUAUCGUGUCACCGGUACAACUGGAUGAUGCUAGCAUGACAGUUGUGAGUGCUAACAGCAGCAAUGUUUGUUUGUGUUUUUAACUUUCACUAUGAGAAUGUUUUGGUGAGGACCGGUUUUGAAUCAGUCACGAUCAUAUGGUCGAGAAUCAGCGGCGCUCGUGCAUGUGAGCGGGGAGGGCGUCGUUUUGGAGGAGCUCCGAGGGAGGAGGGGAGGGGUUAGACGGAGUCAUGAGGAAAUGCUACAUUCAAAUUCAUGCUGGUUUACCGAGACUACCAACCCCAGCUUUAACAGUAACUCUUACAGGAAAAUCCUUCUUAAAAUUGCGAUGCGUCUUUCUCUUUCUCUUUUCUCCUCACUUUGAAAUGAAAUGUAAAUAUGGCAAACAGUAUUUGUACAUAAGUACUCCCAUCAAACCAGUUACAGUACCUAUAAGUCACAGGUGCUGAGUAAUACAUCAGCCGACUCCUUUAUCAGUAUGGAUUAUAUCACUAGAGUUUAGUCUAAAAUGGUAUAUAAAGAUACAGUAUGUAAAUGAACAGGAGUGUGUAUAGGGUAGGAUAAUAUGUAAAAUAUUCACCUCUAAAUGAAAAAAAAACAAGGCUUAAUGUUAAAGGCUUAGAGUGCCCCCCUUUUUAAAUAAUGUGGAUUAUGAGAGUAUGGAGGUUUUGCUUAUGUGUUCAUUUCCUGAACAUGUCUUUAGUUUCUCCUCCUUCCCUCCAUAUGAAAUCUUCUUUUAGCACUUUUGUUGUUUCAGAAGAAUCUUUCAGUCACCAUUAUCUCCCCACACGGCACCAUUUUCUCAUGAUCAAGCUUGAUUUGGCUCAUCGGUUUGAGUUGUAAUGUUUCCUCCUACAACACCAACACCAACACCAACUGACAAUGUACUUAAAUCAUAUUGCAUUUAUAAGACACAGUACUUUUAAAGUUUAUUGAAUGUUUGGGGGCGCUAGUCUGCCCUCGUAUUUAUGAUCUUUUGUUAUGACGUUUGUAUAUCAAUGUAAAAGUUAAUAUUUGUCUGAAUUUUAGGUUUCUUUUUUUUUAUUAUUAUUUAUGGAGAGCUUGCUGUAUCAGAAACCAAAUGUAUCAUCAGUGAUCUCAAACAUUAACGUAGUGACUGCAGCUACAGCUUGUGCAUCAGAACCAAUACUUUUGAGAUGCUGCAGACAACCUUGAAGAUCUAAUCAGUUUCAUAAAAGUUUGGAAAAAUGAUUCAAUCUUUUUUGUUGUUGUUAUGUUCUGAAGGUACUGCCCUCCAAAAGAAUCCAAAAGUUUCAAAAUAAAAGAGAUUAAGACCCACAACAAAAUGCUGACAUGGACAAAUACAUCCAUAUUUUUAUUGACAUAUAAACCACUAAACAGGUUCAACUUUUUGUUCUGAAGUGUACAAGCAUUUAUGGAAAAAAAAAAAAAAGAUUCUUCAUGUUAUAUACAAGCUUUAUCCACAGCCCCUCUCGCUAAUAUCAACCAAACAAUAAGAAGUAUCUUCACUUUCAUUUGCAUCUGCUUGUUUUCAUGUAGUGCUUUUUGUAAUGUAUUCUUUUACUCUUUGUGUGUUAAAUCAAGUUCUGAUGUUAUUCUGUGAUUUAUGUAUUAUUGACUGUUUUUUUUAAAAACUAUAUUUGUCAUACAUUUGAAUGAUUUAGCAGGGCACAUGUUUGUGGGAAAGAGUGUACGUUUACUCACUGGAUGCUGAAGGGCAAAGCUGAAGCCUGACUCUGUGUGUGGUUUCAAAACAACUGCAUAAAUCCCAUUAUUUAUCUUGUCCAUAUCCCAAUGUCAGAAGUUGAUUUGGUCAUGCUUUCUUUGCCCGAGAUGUGUUCAUAUCUUCUUACAAUGUUCUUGACCACAUGUACUAAGGCAGCACGCCACCUGUAAAUAUCACCAUUAGAAAAUAAAGGCUACUAUUUUUCAAACUGUAA